GUGCAGUGACUCGUUUUCAUUUGAAACAAAAAGAGUUUUCUACUUGAAUCUCAGGUUUUUAUAUGCCGGUUUUCAUAAACUUGUUAUCUUUUUUUUUUGAAAAAUGUCAUUUACUGUUGCAGAUUUAAAACCGAGAAUCGUUCAAAAUAUCGAUGCACUCGAGUAUCCUGCAGCCUAUACUUUUUGUCAAAAGGCCUUAGAACUUGAGCCUCAUAAUGCUGAAAUGCUGGAAAUGACAGGUCAAGUGGAAUUAGAACUUGAGCAAUUUGAAUUAGCUAGAAAGCAUUUAUUGGAAUCAGUGCAAAUAGCACCUGAGGCCAGCUACAGUAAAUACAUGUAUUUGGGACAAUUAUCUGUCGAGAAAGAAGCUAUCAGUCACUUUCAAAAGGGUGUCGAUUUGAUGGUAAAAGAACGCAACGGUUUAGCUGCUGAUUCAGAGGAAGCCAAGAUUUUAGCCACCAAAAUUUCCAGUGCCUUGUGUUCGAUGACCGAGAUUUAUUUAACGGAUUGCUGUUUUGAGCCUGAAGCGGAAACAAAAUGCGAAGAGUUCUUACAACAAGCACAACAAGUGGAUCCCGAAAACCCUGAAGUAUAUCAAUUACUAGCAUCUGUGAGAUUAAGUCAGCAACGCAACGAAGAAGCAGCAUCAGCAUUAAAUAAAAGUAUGGAGUUAUGGAUUCAUAAAGAGGCAGGUGAUGCCAGGAUACCUAUCUAUGAUACAAGAUUGGCUUUGGUCAAAUUACUCCUUGAACUGGGCAUGUUUGAACAUGCUUUUACGGUUUUGGAAAACUUGCAAAAGGAAGACGAUGAAGUUGUGGAUUUAUGGUACCUUUAUGGCUGGACCUACUAUUGUUUAGGCGAUGAUGAGGAGAGAUCACAAGAGGAAAAGUUUGCAUUGUGGGCUGACGCAAGGGACUGUUUAGAAACAGCUGUCAAGUUGUAUAAAUUAAUUGGAUCUGACGAUGAUGCCAUGUUUGAACAUGCUAACGAACUUAUUUCAACAAUUAAUGAAAUCGUACCUGCUUCUGUUGAAGAGCCUGAGGAGGAAAUCGACGAGAAUUUCGAAAUUGUCUCUGACGAUGAAGAUGCUAUGGAAGAGUAAAUGUAUAAAAAAAUAAAAUAUAAAAAAAUUAGAAGACUUGUACAAUGACAACG